AUGAUCUAUCCAGAAAGCUUCAUUUCUCAUUGUUUGCGCCAUAACCUUUGGCAAUAUGAGCCUCAUAAGUCAGUCAGCUCAGAUUCUGAGAGUUUCUUGAUCCCUGGUUUACCAAACAAGAUUGAAAUGAAGAAGUCCCAAUUGGAGGAUCACAUGAAGGAAACAACACCGUACUUUGAAAUGAUAGUAAAACCAAUCAAAGAAUCAGAGCUUAGGAGCUUCGGCUUGCUUUUUGACACUUUUUAUGAGUUGGAUUCUCAAUAUGGUGAUUACUUUGAAAAGGUAAGAGGGAUAAAGUUUUGGACCAUUGGACCUCUUUUCUACUUCUCCAACAAGGAGAAAACUGACACUACUGCCGAUGGGAAGGAUAGUUGCUUAAACUGGCUUGACACUCAGGGGGCCAACCAAGUCCUCUACGUUUCUUUUGGAAGUGUUGUAAGAUUCUCAACCUCCCAACUCAAGGAAAUUGCAUUAGCUCUUGAGACUUCGAACCAACCGUUCAUUUGGGUUGUCAGGAAGAGAGAUAAUGACCAAGAUAAUCAACAAGAGACUGAAGAGAGCUGGCUGCCAGAUGGUUUUGAAGAAAGAAUAACUGAAGGAAACACAGGUCUGAUCAUUAGAGGUUGGGCUCCGCAGUUAAAGAUCUUGAACCAUCCGGCAGUUGGAGGGUUUAUGACUCACUGUGGUUGGAAUUCGACGAUGGAAGCUAUGACUGCUGGGGUGCCAUUGAUUACUUGGCCAGUGUUUUCUGAGCAGUUUUACAAUGAAAAACUUGUUCAGGUUUUGAAAGUUGGAGUCAGUGUUGGGGCAGAUCAUUGGAACUUAUCUCCAAUUAAUGAGGGUCCUGUAGUGGAAAGCAAACAGAUAGAGAAAGCAAUAAGCCUAUUGAUGAGCAACUCUGAAGAAAGCCAGGAAAUCAGAAAGAGGGCAAAGAAGAUGGUAGCAUUGGCAAAGGGGGCUGUGGAAGAAAGUGGAUCAUCCUAUCAAAAUCUGCUUGAUUUAAUUGGUGCAUUAAAUUAA